AUUAGAUAUAAACAUUGCGUCUAGAUAGAUUUUUCAGCGUUUUUAGUCGCAUUAAUAAACGAAAUUAAUAUCCGAGAUAAAAGAAUUGAUUGCGCUUUUGAAAAGGAUUCUACGACUUCAGUAGUUGACCAAUGUCUUCGUAUCUCGUAGUCGCCUCUGCUGCCAAUUACUGUGUUCUUAUUCCCAACAUAACCUUCAAUUUUAUAAACGGUAUUACGAUAAAAAUUAGUUUGCUAUUGCAUGAUGAAAUGGGAAUUUAGCGAAAGUGGUGUGAAAGAAACGUAGAAGGAUAAUAAUAAAUAUGAUCACAUAUUGAUAUUAAAUAGUCUGUAAGAUUUGAAAUGGCGGAGAAGGAGGUAGAUGAAAGGAGUUUGGUAAGAACUGCGACGACGACGACGAGUGACGAAGUACCUCAGAACUUAGAAACUCUAUCCUCCGAUACAAAUCCCUCGCACAUCGAAGCUCCACUACCUCCCGUUAAAGAAAAAAAAAUUGAGGUAUUGCUCAAAGCGACCGGAGAUGCCCCUAUAAUGAUGAAAAAGAAAUGGGUCGUAAGCCCUGAUAAUACUAUUGGAUGGAUUUCAGAAUUUAUUAAGAAAUGUAUUAAAUUGGGAGCCGAAGAAAGAUUGUUCUUAUAUAUUAAUCAAACUUUUGCACCAGCUCCGGACCAAACUGUGAAAAACCUUUAUGAUUGUUACGGAACAGAUGGGAAACUCAUAAUUCACUAUUGUAAGACUCAGGCUUGGGGUUGAAAAUUGCAACGCUAUUAAUGAAAAAGGAAAUUUCUCAAUUGGCAAUGUUUUUAUAUUUUUUCUUCCGA